AUCGAGGCUGUUGACCUUUUCAGCCUUAUCAAGUCAUACGUGUAAUGUUAGUGCUGUUAUAUGAACCCGUGGUUCCUGGCUUCCUGCCUCAGUAGAUAAGUUGAAUAUGUUCGCUGGGGAACCGCUCUCAAGAGAUGAGCAGAGUCUGAUGCGAAGUUGAAGAAAGAAAGAUGGAGUCUUACCUGAGCUUUUACCUGCUGAGUUUCCUGGCUUUGACCAAGACUGCGCACACUGUUGAACAGACACCUUCGUUUGUGCGGGUGAAGGCUGGACAGUCCGCCACAAUCACCUGCAUCGGAGAUUUAGAGGACUUUGAUGGGGUGUAUCUGAAAAGGAGAUUUGUCGAGAAAGAGUACGUGCUUUACGUCCACAAGUCAGGCAAAAUGACAAUAGGCAAGAACUACACUGACCGCAUGAAGACUGAAGGGGAUGUAAAGAAGUGCACCAUAACAAUCAGCAAUCUGACGGAGAGCGACUCAGACGGGUAUUUCUGUGAAUUUGGUAAACUUGUUAUGGAAACUGGGCAAGUACUCAAUAUUACAGCUUCUGGGACUUUGAUUCUGGUUCAAGAGGAGGUGAAGAAAGUGACGUGUCCUCUUGUAGAUCCGAAUCCUCCCAGUUCUAGUCUGCAGCUGACUCCAACCCUGAUGAUUGUCACCUCGCUGGCCGCAGUCUGUGUCCUCAUGCUCUGUAUUGUUGCCCUGAUAAUAUGGCAGCUCCCAAAUAUUAAGAAGUGGUUUGCCAAACAGAGAUCACAACAAGCAACGCAUGACACAGUCUAUGAAGAGAUGGCCAAGUCGCGGUACAGCCCUUAGAGGAUUGAGCAUGGAGGAGUGUUUGCCUUAUAUACUGUUCAGUAAAAAGCAUUGUACAUACCAUGUUUAGUGUGCGAUACAUAAGACCAAAUGUCAUUCUAGCAUUAAUUACAUCAUUUAGGAGUAGGAAUUAGAGUAGGACAGGUAUUAUUUUAUAGUGUCACCAAUGUCUGCCCAGGGACUAUCAGUGGAAAUUAGCCAAUCAGCAGCAUUGAAAAUACAAUGCAUCUUGUGUUAUGUAAAUUGUACAUGCCCCUGACAAACAAAUAAAUAAAAAAAUAAAUAAGAACCCUUUAGCACAAGGACAGAAAGGGCCUUAAGACAAAAAUAAGUCUUAAGACAAAGUUUCAGGUGCAGUUUUAUGAAAGGGGCUCUGCAUUGGCAUUUUAUAAACAAUGUCAAAGUGAGGACACUGUGUGUGUUCUGUCCUGUGCUCGGGCCUUUGCCUGCAUUAGGUCGGGUUGUGUUAAGAGAAUAUCACAGUGUCGUGUUUUUUUUCAGCUGGCUUGAUUCCGUCUGUGUUCUUGUUUGCGCCUGUGUAAUAAUCUUCUGCUGCUGCUGGUGCAGCGCUACAGGGCUGGGAGGUAUCAGGGUGGGGUGUUGGGGAUCAAUGCAGAAAAGAUUCUUCAGGUAGGACAUUGUGUGUAAAUAUCUGACAUCCUCUUGUGACUUUGAUGGAAACCUAGAUGAAUAGAAAGAAUACAACUUUCUAUGCAGUGAAAGGGGAACGCGACUUCACUGCCAGGGCAUCAGUGGCUCUAGCAGAACCAUGCUGAACAUAUACCGUGCUAUACCAUGGUAAAAAUGAAGUAGAGCAUCACAGAGCCACAGAACAAGGCAUUGUUAAGCAUGGCAAAGCAUGAUAUAUAAUGUAUGCAUUUGUUUUAUUAAGGUGAGUGUAGCGUUUAUUUCUUCUUUAAUAUUUGUAAAUGUAAAAACAAAAACAAUUGCGCUAAACCAAACUUGUGUACUUUGCAUUGACUGAUUCAAUGAGUUCAUGAAAUGUCUGCUUUGCGUUUGAUAGUUGCAUACACUGUAUGUGUGCUAUACCACAAGCCACAACAGACAUGUUUGGGUUUUUU